AUGAUACAGCGCGAGGCCCCAGGCCUAAUAGACAACUUUAAUAAAAUAGUAACAACAACAGACCUAGACGAGCACACCAGGGCUCUAAUUAAAACAGUAACAGCAAUAGCUACUAAAAUAUACAGAUACAGGAAGAUUAAACCCUCAACCUCGCCCACAUGGUGGACAAACAAACUUAAAUACGAGAGAAAUAGGUUAAAUGCACUCAAUAAAAGAUUACAAACAAGCAAAGAUCCAAUAGAAACCAAACUCAAUAAAGAAGAGUACAAUAAAGCAAAAGCUAAAUACCGCAAACAAAUAACUAAAGCAAAAGAAACCUCCUGGAAACAAUUCUGCAAUAAUCAUUCUGACCCCUAUGGUGAAGCCUAUAAACUGGGCCAUGGUAAACUAUUCAAACCAACAGACCUUAACCUAAAACUACCUAACAAUAAUAUUCCAAACAAACAGGAAGCCCUGGUGUAUCUAUCCAAAUUUCACUUCCCAGACAAAGACGAUACCAUCGCGGACCAACCACCUCUACACACACAUCACACAAACUCUGAACCACACGCGGACACAAAGGAGGUGAGAGAUGCUCUCUUUGCCUUCCUUACUUCUAAAGCACCAGGUCUAGACGGGCUAGACUUCAUGAUUUGGAGACGCGUCUUCGAGGCCGACCCGAACAUUUUGACUAACUGGGGCAAAAGCGCCACAAAUAUACACAACCAACUAGUCAAACUAGCCCCGAGGACCUGGGGUAUUCAAACCAAGCUACUCAAACUCUGGUACCACACGGUAGCAGAGAAAACCCUAACGUACGCAUCAGCCGCAUGGGGCACCAACUUAAGCAAAACAGCCAUCAGUGAACGAAACAAAGUACAAAGACCACUCUUAAUAAGAUUAGCAAGAAGCUUCAAAAAAGCCUCUAACGCAGCACUUAAUGUAUUAACAGGCAUUCCGCCACUUCACCUAUUCAACACAUCAAACGAUCAACACAGUAUUAAUGCAAUAGAUUAUCAACAGAAAAUUAAAAGUAACUGCACACACCCAGCAGAAAAAAUAAGCUACAAAUAUAUCUCAUUACCACCAAGCACACCAACUGAUACAAUAACAAAUAUCUAUACUGAUGGCUCAAAAACAGAACAAGGAGUAGGUGCAGCAUUCUGUGUAUACAACAACAAUCACUUAACGGACACGUUUAAAUUCACACUAAAACAAGACAAUACUGUCUUCCAAGCAGAGAUCUUAGCAAUAAAAGAAGCCCUUAACUGGUUAGAAGCACAAAAUUACCGAGAGGCCACAAUACACACAGAUAGUCUGGCUGGCAUGCACGCGCUUAUCAAAAUAAAACAAAGGGACCCACACGUAGUAGAAACACAAAAACAACUAGUACACCUAGCCAGCAAAUGUAACAUUAAAAUACACUGGGUGGCAGCGCACACAGGCAUCAUAGGAAACGAAUCAGCCGACCAAGCUGCAAAAGACGCUACAGCCGGCAACGGACUACAAGCAUCAAUUAAACUACCCCCAUCAAGUCUUAAAAACAAGACAAAAGCACUCAUAGCUAAACUUUGGCAAGAACAAUGGACAGAAUCAGACAAAGGUCAAACCACUAAAACUUACUACCCAAUGGUUAGCUACGAUAGGUUAAUUGGCCACCCAGCAGUAACGCAAUUUUUAACAGGACACGGCUUCUUUCCAACAUUCUUGCGCAGAAUGCACCUAGUAAACACAGAUGAGUGCCCAUGCGGCGAACUAGGUUCACCCGAACACUACUUAUACGAGUGUCCACUAACCCAACCCAAUCAUCUAAGAAGACCAAACCCAGCCCACUUAACGGCUUUUGCAGACAGCCUGUCAAACAUAAGCAUCAUACAAAAACUUACCAAAAUAAUAGAAACAACUAAAACAAUAACCGACAAUAUGUGAGUAGCGGCACACAAUACAUGCACACCCCACAAUCAACCACGGACUGGCUCACAAUAGCAGCCAACGUGGUUGAUCACCACACACGCCUUCACCACUGACCAGUAGGCAGUGCGUCCGGAGCUCUUCAGCUACCCGUGAAGGUCAUAUUA